AUGCCUGCAUGCCUAGUUCUCUUUGCACUCAUUCCAGUAAUCUACAGUCAGGCACCAAUUUUGCCUCGACCAGAUGGAUAUGUUUAUCAUAAUGGGAGUCCGGAAGCUCCUAUCCAUAUGGAAGCUUUUAUCGAUCUUGCUUGUCCAGAUUGUAAAACCGCCUGGCCUAUACUUAAAAAACUGGCAGACAGCUAUGGCCCAAAUAAAUUACGCAUGACAUUUCACAUUAAUCCCCUAGUUUAUCAUAGACAAGCCUAUUACGCAGCUAUGGGUGUUCGCGCACUUGUCGCAGCGAAUGUAUCAGUACAUGAUUUGUUUAACUACAUGGAUGCUGUGUUUAAAAACCAGUCUGAAUUUUAUAACAAACCAACUUUGAAAAUGUCAGGGCUACAAGUUAUACAGGCCUACGCAAAAUUAGCUCAUAAAGCUGCCGGAAUAAGUGCUAUGAAAUUCGCAAAUGCCUUGCAAAAUAGUGGCAUUGAUCAUACCACAAGGCUGAGUAGCAAACUGGCUUGGGAACGUGGCGUAACAGGAACACCGAGUUUUUUUAUAAACGGUAUCAGAGUGAUCGGUCAAUCAAAUUGGACAGUUAAGCAAUGGAAAAAAGUUAUAGACCCUUUACUGAAGACAAAGUUUCCUCGCUUAGAAUUGUAAUCUCU